UACGCAGCAAUAAUCAUGGCACAGCGAGUGGGAUCUUCUUCCAUCACUUACAAAUGGACUUACGACGUUUUCCUUAGUUUCCAUGGUGAAGAUACUCGCUUGGGUUUCAUUGGCUAUCUCCGCGAAGCUCUACGCCAACGUGGAAUUCAUGCCUUUAUCGAUGAUGAAGGCAUCAGAACUGGUGAAGAAAUCACACCUGCACUUUUCCGAGCCAUACAAGAAUCUAGAAUAGCUAUCAUAGUAUUCUCUGAAAACUAUGCAAACUCGACCUUUUGCUUGAAAGAACUUGAAAAGAUUCUAGAGUGUUUCAAAGAGGAAGGCCGGGUGAUAUAUCCAGUCUUUUAUUAUGUGGAUCCUUCGGAGCUUCGAUGUCCGAGAGGAAGUUAUGCAGAAGCAUUGGCAAAAUUGGAGGAACGAUUCAAAGACAACAAGGAUCAGAAGGUGGAAAAAUGGAGGUUGGCUUUGUCCCAAGCAGCUAACUUGAAAGGCUGUCAUCUCAAACCCAAUAUUACAAACGAACAAGAAGGUAUUACAGAGAUCAUUAGUGAAGUCUCUGCUAGGAUUAAUCAUGAUCUCUUGGAUGUUACUAGUUAUCCAGUUGGACUUGUGCCUCGCGUUAAAGAAGUGGUCACACUUUUAGAGCUUCGGUCUAUCGAGGAAACUAAAAUGAUAGGGAUUUGGGGGCCUGGUGGAAUAGGUAAAUCGACAAUUGCCCGAGCUUUGUAUAAUGGGAUAGCUGUUCAUUUUGAAGGCUUAUGCUUUCUUUCUAAUGUAAGAAAAAUGUCCCAAAAGAGAAAUGGUCUACCACAUCUUCAAGAGACAUUACUCCGUAAAUUAGUUAUGGAGAAGGAUCUUAAACUGGGUGAUUUUCAUGAAGGAAUACCAAUAAUAAAACGUAGGCUUGGUCGGAAGAAAAUUCUUUUGAUUCUUGAUGAUGUUGAUGAAUUGGUACAAUUAGAAGCACUAGCUGGGAGUUGUGAUUGGUUUGGUUUGGGAAGUAGAGUUAUCAUCACGACAAGGAAUAAACAAUUGUUAGUAAGUCAUACUCAUGUUAAAUGCAUUUAUGAAGUUAGAAAAUUAAAUAAAGAGGAAUCUCUUCAAUUGCUUAGUUGGCAUGCCUUUAAAAAAGAGAAUGUGGAGUCUGACUUCAUAGAGGUUUCCAAUCAUGCAAUACUUUAUUCUUGUGGCUUCCCAUUAGCUUUAGAAGUUAUUGGCUCUGAUUUAUGUGGUAAAGGAGUUGAUCAAUGGAGUGUUGCCUUGGAUCAAUUUAAAGCAAUACCGCAUGGAAAAGUUUUGAAAGUUGUCCAAUUAAGCUAUGAUGCUUUAGGAGAAUUCGAGAAAAAAGUUUUCCUUGACUUGGCUUGUUUCUUCAAUGGUGAGAAAUUGGGCGAUGUUAAGUGUCGGUUGCUAUACCUUCAUGAAAUCCCACCGGAAAAUGCUAUCAACGUGCUCAUGGAUAAAUCCCUCAUAAAGAUUGAAGGAGAUUGUGUGAUAAUGCAUGACUUAAUGGAAGAUAUGGGUAAAGAGAUUGUUCGUCGAGAAUCACAAGAUGAGCCUGGUGAACGUAGCAGGUUAUGGUUCUAUCGAGACAUUCUUCAAGUCUUGCAACAUGACAUAGGAACUAAUAAAGUAAAGGCCAUAGUUCUAGACUUACCUCAAGGUAAUGAAGUACAUUGGAGUGGAGAGGCAUUCGUGAAGAUGAAGAAUCUCAAAAUGCUUGUGAUAAAGAAUGCAUGCUUUCCUAAAGGCCCCAUAUAUCUCCCAAAUAGUUUAAGGUGGUUGGAGUGGGAGAAGUACCCCUUUAGAUUUUUACCACUUGAUUUUUGUCCAAUAGAACUUGUCUACCUCAACUUGUCCUACAGUUAUGUUGACUUGCUCCAGUUGCCAUUUGAUAAGAAGUUCGAGAGUUUAAAGUACAUGAAUUUUAAAAGUUGUAAGUCCUUACAAGAAAUACCAGACUUAUCAAGAGCUUUUAAUUUAAUAGAGUUGUGUCUUGAUGAUUGUACAAGCCUAACUAAAAUUCAUGAUUCAGUUGGAAGUUUAAGUAAACUUAGCAAAUUGAGUGCUAUGCGAUGCAAAAACUUGAAAGUUCUACCACUUGAGCUUAGCAUGGAAUCUCUUGAACAUCUCAACCUGUUAGGAUGUUCAAGUCUACAAUAUUUCCCAAAAAUAUUGGUGAAGAUGACAAAGAUGAGAAAACUUGACUUGGAUAGGACAGCCAUAGUGGAAUUGCCAUCUUCAAUUAGCAAACUCGUUGGGCUUGAAAUUUUAAACAUGGAGGAGUGUCAUCAUCUUAAGCAACUACCAGCUAGCAUUUUCAUGCUGCCAAAGCUCUGGUUUCUUUGCACAAGUCUUUGUCAUGGGAUGAGCGAUUUGAAGAUAUGUGAAGAUAGAGAAGAAGCAAGCAUAGACAGCUACAGGAAUGGGUCUUCAAAAAUGGAAUAUUUUUAUUUUUCAAAUUGCAAUUUGACAAAUGAGUUUCUUGCACUAUGUCUUUCUUGCUUCCCAAAUUUGAUACAGUUAGACCUAAGUUGUGGAAAAUUCACAACUCUUCCUGCAUGCAUUGAAGAAUGUUGCAACAUGACAAGUCUUAUCCUGGAUAAUUGCAAGCAGCUUCAAUAUAUAUUUGGGAUGCCGCCAAACCUAAAAAAAUUUAGCGCCAUAAAUUGCAAAUCACUGACUAUGAUUUCUAAAGGCAGAGUAUUGGAUAAGGUACUCUUCACCAAGGAAGGGAAAUUAAACUAUGUUUUUCCAGAAAAAGAGUUCCCAGAAGACUUGAUGCUCAACAAAGUUAGCAGUUCCCCUCUUUCUUUUUCGAUUGGUGAAAAGUUCUCAAUGAUUCUGAUAUGGAUUAUGAUAAUAAACCAGCCGGAAAGACCACCCAUAAACAACACUGUUGACCUUGAUAUCUCCGUGCGGAUAGAUGGUGUUAGCCAUAAAGUCCUUUCUGAACAGUGGUUCUCAUCAUUUACAGUUGAUCAUUUAUAUAUAUUCGAUCUAUUCAGCAUUAUUAACAAGGCUGAACUCGAACUCUCCAAAUCAUUCAAGUGGAAUGGCCGCAAUCAUGUCGAGAUAUUUGUCAAGAAUAAUAUUCAAGAUACAGAAAUUCAUUUAGGAACUAAUGUAGGCAAACAAGGCAUGAAGCUUGAAAAUAACUUGCAACCAGUAUGGGGACAUGAUGUAUUUCUGAGUUUUCAAGCCAGCGAUCAUGAUUCCUACUUUUUCAAGAACAAGUUGUACGGUGCUCUGUGUCAGAACAACAUUAAGGCUUUCAAUGCUAAAUUCAGGAGGGAGGAAGGUAUUCUCCCAACUGUGGUCAAAGCAAUUGAGGAGUCAAGGAUUUCAAUUAUUGUAUUCUCUAAAUCCUAUGCUCAUUGCAAAUGGUGUCUUGACGCGCUUGCCAUGAUCAUUGAUUGUAUGAAGACAAAGGGCAAAUUGGUUUUUUCAAUUUUCUACGAUGUAUACCCCUUAGAAGUAAGACAUCAAUCGGGAAGUUUUGCAGUAGCAAUGGCGGAGCAUGCAGAAUAUUUCAAGAAUGACAUGGAAAAGGUGCAGAGGUGGGAGUUCGCUUUGUCUAAAGCAACUUGCAUGCGUCGUUGGAGCCUUGGAAAAUGGUCGGAGGACGAAGACAUUCCACGCAUUGUUGAAGAAGUUUCUCGUCGCCUUCUUGCAGAACAUUUAACAAAAUCAGUAGAGUCAAUUGGGAGCACUAUGGGUGAUCAAGGACCGAGACAUGAUGUAUUGAUCCUGAGCUUUAAAGAAGCCUGCAGAGAUUCCUACAUUUUCUCGAGACGUCUAGAUAAUGCUUUAUGUAUGAACGAUAUUAAUGCUUUCAACUAUGUUGGGAGCUCUGGAUGGAAUGCAGAUUUAUGCCCAACUAUGGCCAAAGCAAUUGAGGAGUCAAGGAUUUCAAUUAUUGUAUUCUCUGAAUCCUAUGCUCAUUGCACAUGGUGUCUGGACGUGCUUGCCAUGAUCAUUGAUUGUAUGAAGAAAAAGGGCAAAUUGGUUUUCCCAAUUUUCUGUGGUAUAGACCCUUCAGAUGUAAGAUAUCAAUUGGGAAGUUUCGGAAUAGCAAUGGCGGAGCAUUCCAAGAAUGACACGGAAAAGGCGGAAAGGUGGAAGUCGGCCUUGCGUGAAGCAGCUUGCAUGAGUGGUUGGAGCAUAGAAAAGUGGAUCCAAAACUUUUCUGAAGUUAUCCCACACAUUGUUGAAGCUGUUUCUUGGCGCCUUCGUUUGGAACAUUUAACAAAACCAAUAGAGCCAAUUGGAAACACUCUGGGUCAUGGAGAACAACCACAAGAUAGAGAAGAGCUCAAAGAUGAUACGUACCGGAAUUUAUAUUCAAUAAAACCCUCAGAGUUAAUCGAGAGAAUCAUGAGUCAUCAUGAAGGGCCAAGACAUGAUGUAUUGAUCCUGAGUUUUGGAGAUACCUGCAGUGACAUUUUCGCGGACGAUGUAUAUAAUGCUUUAUAUGAGAACAAUAUUAAUGCUUUUAAAGUUGUUGUGAGCAUUAAAUGGAAUGAAGAUUCGGACCCAACAUCUCUUAGAGCAAUUGAAGAGUCAAGGAUUUUAAUUAUUGUAUUCUCUAAUGAAUUCUUCACAUAUUCUCCGUCAAGAGACGACACACUUGUCAUGAUCCUUGAUUGUAUGAAAACAAAGAGCAAAUUGGUUUUGCCCAUUUUUUACGAUGUAGACCUUUCGGAUGCAAGACUUGAAACAAGCAGAUGGAAAUCAGAAAUGGAAAAGCGUAGAGGCAAAUUUUUGGGUUACACCAACGAGGAGAAGUUGAAGUUGAAGUCGGCUUGUUUAAAGCAGCUCGCGGGCCUGGUUGGAGAUUAGAAAAAUGG